AUGAUAAAGUCAUCGAAGCCAUUACCUGAGCUUCCUGAGCUUCCUGGGGAUUUUAACGGGCAAGUUUCGAUGCUCGACGAGGCGCGACGUUCGCUAUUAGGGGGAAGUAAGUUACCAGGAACAGAAGAAGAAGAAGAGGGUAAAAGGGGUCAUGAUGACGGGGUAGUGUGUGCAGGGAGCAAGGAAGUGGAAGGUCAUUUUGAGUUUUGUGAGCAGUUUAAGUGGGUGGAUUGUAAGGUUGUUGUUCGUUCGAUUACACAGCGUUUAAAAACAGGUGGUAUGCAGGAGGAGUAUGUUCUUCUGCCAUUUCGAUCAGGGCAAGUGAAUCAAAAGUUGUUACGGUUUUUGAGUGCGAUAUUUCCUGACGGGGGUGAUGGGGGGCCUGUGAAUGAGGCGAAGCUAGCGCGGAUUGUGAAUGGAACAGGUAGUUGGACGUUGGUGCAGGCGUUAAAGUAUAUAUGGUGCAGGGUUCCAGGACGGGAGGUGAUUGGAUGGAAGGCAUAUAGGGAAUUUGAAAGGGAGGAGAGGGUGAAGGGAUACCCUGCGGGAGCGUUCUUAGAGAUUUUGCCGCAGUUUUUAGCUUCUCCAGAGCAAGCGUCAGUUGUGUAUGAUUUUUUUGAUUUGCUAGUUUCUGUUGCAGCCAAUUCGAAAUCGAAUAAGAUGAGUGCCAGAAAGGUGUCAAGGAUGUGUGCAAUUUGGGCAUUCGGGAAGGAGGAGGAAAGGGAGGCGACCGGUAGUCAGGUGUGUCAGAACAAUUCGUUCCGGGAAGGGCUGGAUAUGUGGAUACCCGGCUCCGAUGCGAUGUUCCAUUUAUUUUUAUCGUUUAUGCGUUCGUUUGUGCAUGGUGAUCUUGGUUCGGCGGAUAUACCCAAAUCGCUUAAAAGCGUUUUGUUCACGAACGAAUAUCCUCCUGCCAAGUAUUAUGCAUCUGUACAUGACAGUGUCUUAACAGUUCCUGUUGUGACGUUAAAGACCGACCGGUUUUCUAACAAGCCAUGGGAGUUGCUUCAAAGGUGUAGCGAUUUGUUUGUGAACUCGAAUCCAGGCGAUUUUGCUGCACGGGAAGACUAUGUGAUGAUGAAAUCUCUAUUCAAGAAUCGUGAUAGUAUCCAUGCAUUUAGCAAAAUGAUGUCGGGUGAAUCAAGGAGGUUGAUGAGGGAAUGGACUACGAAACAUUCUACAUUCCAAGCUGGAUGGCCCAAAAAUAAAUGUGUGGCCAACGAGCAAUGUCUUGCAGAGCACCUUGUUUGGGGGCGUGCCGAGAUUGAUGACUAUUUCAUAUGGACGUGGAUGUCCACUCUAUCGCAUGAGCAGAGCACAGAAAAGCGAAAGAUAUUUGGUAGGUCGCUGAUUGUUGAGUUCGAAUUCGAUGGGAUUAAGAAAUGGGUGAUCGUGGAAGAAUCGGACAUUGUAAUAGAUUCCAUCAAAAUGGCAGCCGAUGAGGCCAAAGCUGUUGUGGAAGCCGCCGCCAACGAGGAAUCUGAGUAUAGUAGUGAGUUGCCGCCGGCGCUUCCAGUGUUAUAUAAUAGACAGGUGCAUGUUGGUGCGAAUGAUGCAGGACAGGCACCAGCCAAGUCUAAGAACGUCUAUCGUACGGUUGUGGAUCUUUCGAAGAGACAUUUGUCACGUUCGUCGCAAGAGUAUAAAAAGUCAAAGUGGAAUCCAAUCAAUCAGUUUAGAAAGAAAAGUAUAGAUUCGACAGUAGGUGGUGGAAACUCUGUGAGGCAAACGUCCUCCAGGUACGACGAUCAAAGUGUGAAUAGUGUUCCGGAGUACCAGUUAAACUUUAGAGCCUCUGCGUACUUUAACGAUGCUCCCCGGAACAUCUGGUCUCCUCCUACUGAUGAAAAAGAGCAGUCCUUAGAGAAUCCGAUGGACAUUGACCGCAUGGCCGAUGAGACUGCACUGCAAUAUACGGAGUCUAAUGCCCUGCAGGGCUCAGGUGGCAGUCCAGAAAGAGUACAUGAUCCAGUUGAGUAUAUCGGAGCUAAUAGUGGUGCUGAAAACGCUGGGACUGUCGGCUCAACCUCCGUCAGCGAAAGCAGUUCGCUCGUUGGUAGCACUACGUCUACAAACAGUGCAGUAUUACCGCUACACCUGAAAGAUUCUGCCGAUUCCUUCAGAAAUCCAACGCCAAGAGAGUUUUAUUCGAUUCCAGCUCUGGAAGCGCAGCCAUCUACAGACUCCAGCAACUCUCCCGAGCACAGUGAUCCGCCUGUAUAUCCCCAGAUGCCUGUCUGGUCACCCGAGCGCAGCGAUCAGAGAGUGUCGCCAAUCCGUUCGACAAAGGAUGAUCAAAGGAUGUCGCCAACCAGGUCGCUUCCGCUGGCAUACAACCUCCACCCGCCGCCACAGACAUACGACGCUCCGCAGCCCAUGCAGGCCCCUCAUCCGAAGUAUGACCAGGCGCCCCAGCACAAGUACCAGCCUCAGCCUCCGGCACCCCACCCCAUGCAUGCCCAGCAGUACGAUCCCGCGCCGCAGACCCACGAACUCCAAUCUCCGCACCCGCAACUACCGCUGCCCUUCGACAUGCAAGCGCGCCCACAGCUGCCCCACCACCAACGCCUGAUGCAAAACCGCAUGUCCCACCACCUCCCCUCCGACUUCGACCUGCAGCACCCCCCGUACAACCCAGACCCGCCAUACCGCCAACACCACCACCAAUCCCCACCCGUCCGCCCCUACUCCCAGAUCAUCCCAACCCACUACUCGCCCCGUCCACCAUCCCCCGCGUACCCCAUCAACCCACACAGACAACAACCCCAUCUCGCCCGCGCCGCCAGAUACAGAUCCCCAAACCCCCACCCGGCUCCCGACUACACUUACGCCCCGCAACCCCUCCCUCUAAACAAACUGCACGGCGGCGCUGCCGCCAAAAAGCAAGGGAGAAAGAACCUCUAUAACCACAUAAGAACAGGGAACUUCGGCAUAUAA